CUACAAAACUAAAAUGAAACACUCUUUUCACAAUUUCUCUCUACCCAAAUCGCUUCAACCAAAAACUUUGAAAACAUAAUCACUUCAUUCUUUUCUUCUAUUCACAGUGAGUGCACACUCUCGCCUUCUCUGAUCAAAGUCUCAGCCCAUUUCUAAUUUUCCGUCCAUCGCCGUUAGCUUGUCCAUCUUCCCGCAGCUUGGUGGUUUUCCGUCCAGUCACAGCCAAAAGCUAGGUGUUUUACUCCAUUAUUGCGUUUCCACACUUGGGGAUUGUCAAUAAUAUACUAGUUUUACAAGUUUUCAAAUUGUGAACCUAUCAGCCACAUCUCAACAAUGGAUCCUCCAAAGUGGAAAAAUAUCAUUAUAAUGCGUCACUAUUUUGGAUUUUCUUCUUCUUCAAUUGGUUCCAACACUAGAGGCCUCUCUUCAACCGUUGAUGCUAUUCUUACAGGUUUGAGUAGUUCAACUAUCAGACCCACAAAUUAUUUUCCCAAUUUUACAGUUUUUCCAUAUUUAUGCUUCGGUUUAGUUCGUCGAUGGAGUUCCUCCAAUGCUUUUGUUGCGUAUAGGGUCCCUAAGCGCUUCUUUUGUUCAGAAGUUGUUAGAUCGGAUGAGUCUUUUAUUUCUGAUCGUACUGAUUUCGAAGUGAAUUGUGAAGAAAGCAAUGCAGAAAAGUUGUAUAGGACUAUUAUGGAUAAUUCAUUUGCAUAUUCUAACAUGGAGGAAGCUUUGGACCGUGUUGGUUUUGGUUUGUCCACUGAAUUGGUUGCCCAGAUUCUCCAAAGGCUGCGUUUUGAGGAGAAACUAGCAUUUAGAUUUUUCACUUGGGCUGGUCACCAAGAAAACUAUGCUCAUGAACCUAGUGUGUUUAAUGAAAUGAUUGACAUACUGUCUACUACAAAAUACAAGAUAAAACAGUUUCAAAUUGUUUGUGAUAUGCUGGAUUAUAUGAAAAGGCAUAACAAGAACAAUGUUCCUGUUGAGGUUCUCUUGACAAUUUUGAGGCAGUAUUGUGAAAAGUAUUUGACCCAUGUGCAUAAAUUCGCAAAGAAAAAGAGGAUUAGAGUGAAAACUCAGCCAGAGAUCAAUGCCUUUAACUUGCUACUUGAUGCUUUAUGCAAAUGCAGUUUGGUUGUGGAUGCUGAAGGGAUGUUUAAGAGAGUGAAGAGAAAAGUUAAGCCUGAUGCUAAUACCUAUAACAUUUUGUUUUUCGGGUGGUGUAGAGUUCGAAAUCCAAAAAGAGCAAUGAAGGUACUAGAAGAGAUGAUUGAAAUGGGUCUUACACCUGAUAAUUUUACAUAUAGUGCUGCCAUUGAUUCUUUCUGCAGAGCAGGGAUGGUAACUGAUGCAGUUGAGCUUUUUGAAUUCAUGAGAUUAAGUGGUUCUACCUUGUCUUCUCCCACUGCCAAAAAUUAUGUGAUCAUGAUUGUGGCUCUUAUCAAGAAUGAUAGAAUGGAAGAGUGCUUCAAAUAUCUGGAACAUAUGAUAAGUAGCGGUUGCCUUCCCGACGUUACAACAUACAAGGAAUUGAUUGAAGGGAUGUGUAUGGCUGGAAAAGUUGAUGUCGCAUACAAAUUCCUUCAACAGAUGGGGAGCAAAGGUUACCCUCCUGAUAUUGUAACUUACAAUUGUUUUCUUAAGGUCCUGUGUGACAAUAAACAUAGUGAUGAAGCACUUAGACUCUUUGGCAUAAUGGUUGAGGCAGGUUGUAUGCCAAGUGUGCAGACAUAUAAUAUGUUGAUUUCCAUGUAUUUUGAGAUGGGUGAUCCAGAUGGGGCAACUGAGACUUGGCACAAGAUGGAUAAAAAUGGUUGUGCUCAAGACAUUGAUUCUUACUGUGUGAUGAUUGAAGGGCUUUUUGGUUGCAAUAAAGUUGAAGAAGCAUGUUGCCUUUUGGAAGAAGUGGUAAACAGGAGAAUGAAAUUGCCUUAUAGGAAGUUUGACAUUUUUCUGACACAACUUUCUAACCUUGGUGAUCUGCGGGCUAUCCAUAGGCUUUCAGAACAUAUGAGGCAGUUCUACAACCCCGCUAUGGCUAGGCGUUUUGCACUGAACGAGAAGCGAAAAAACACGAGUUUGAGAGGGAAGUAAUGGGAUUUGAGGCCAGGUUAUUAUUAAGUGCUUUGGUUUGUCCAAUUCCUGCAUGCUAGUGCAGUCUGGGGAGCCUUAAUUUGAAAGCACUAAUGGAUCAUCACCCUCUUUAUCAUUCAGGGAAAUUCUGAAAUAUGUGCAUGAAUUCUUUAGAAUGAUCUCCGUGGAGCUUUAUUAACCUUGCCACUCCUGUGAUUUAUUCAUGCUCAUUUUUUGUUGUUGAAUCUCAUAAUUUGUCUCAGAUCUAAUUUCAGUUUUAAAAUCAUUUGGGCUGGAUGUCCUAAUUGAGAUCCUAUUUUAGUGCAAAAUAUAGCAGAAUUAAGUAGCAAGAAAGAACAUGUAUAUUCAUGUACAAAAUCUUUUUGGAUUAAAUAUAUCGUUUAGUCUAUUGCUUGUAAUAUUAUUUUUUAUUUGUUA